AUGGCACAGUCGGCGAAGAUCCUGGCAUUUCGAACCGUCCAGGUGGCCCUAGCUGCGGCAUACAUUGCACCUCUUGCGAGCAUCAUCACCGACGGAGCCACUCCGACAGCGAUACCAACCCAGACAUUGACCUUUACGACAGAUAUCUCUGGUUCGCCCCUGACCAUUACUGCAACGACUGCGAUUAAUCCUACUACCCUACCGGUGCGGGAGGUCGCCGACGAUUCUGCAGUCUUGACGACAGGACUCGGCGCCGGGUUGGGGGUUGGACUUCCGUUGCUGGCAAUUGUUGGCGUUCUAUCUUUUCUCCUUUUCCGGGAGAAACGGCACCACCGUGCAACGAAGGCUGGCUUGUCCAAUGCCGACAGCUAUGGCUAUCCUCUUGUUGCAAAUUCUCAGAAAGCUCCAGGUGAUCGGUAUCAGCCCACCCAGGACGACUGGGCAUAUCAGUCGCCCUACAGUAGGCAACAUGCCGUCGAGGCCGAUGCCUCCAUUGCGUCCGUGCGACGUGCUGAAGCCGCUUCCCGAGAAAGACCGUCCCCACGCCAGGAACUUCCAGCAUCAUGA